GGAACGACUUGCUCUUGCCAACAGAGGAGCUGCCAGAGACGAAGCAGAAGGGACGCGAGAGGGAGCCCACAGCCAACCCGGAGAAGCUGCAGAAGGGACUGGGACGAGGGUUGGAAGUUGGCUAUGGCAGUUCCGUUCCUGUGGAAGGCAGCUGCGUUGGUAGAGAAGCACAGGACUGGCUUGUUGGCAGUUUCCUGCGCAGGACUGUUUGGGGCUAACCUUUCCUACCAUGUCUUUCCCGAGCAGACGUUCAAACUGUGGCAUCAGUGCUGGACUAAGGGGCAACCGGCUGAGCUCUCAGAGAAACUACACAGCCUCUUCCACAAUGUUCUGGGAGAUGUUGGCGUGAAGUCCGUGAAUUGUUACCAACCCUUUGCAGCUUUUGGCUUCCACCCAGUGAGUGCUGGGAUCCCGUGGCUGCCUGCGGGCUCUCUGGUGGGCAUCCCUCCCAAUUUCAAUAGCACAGCAGAGGACAGACAAGGAAUUGUCAACCGUGUCGUCGUGAUAAAUGGCAGAGAAGUGGACUGGGAGAGUAAACAAGGGCUAGCUUUGAAGGAAGCCUUGAUGUUUUCACCAGAGGCUCAGAAGUUUGCCAUUGCCAGAGAGAUUGUGUUCUUGCAAAGCAAUAGCCCUGUCGUUUAUGCAGCAGUGCCUCCUGCUUGCUUAGCCAGCACCUGUCUGUCCGGGGUGGCUAUAAAGCAGCUUCUGGGCUUGUAUUCUGGCCCCAGGGUGUUUCGAGGCAUUUAUAACAUCACCGUUGCAGCAAUUGGACUUGUUGGCUACUUUCUUGCUUACGAUGCCGUGAGCCACGCACUAGACUACAGGUUGGACAGAAAGGUGGCCACCAUUUCCAAGGACUACGCCAGAGGUGGGGUGGAAUUCUACGACAAAAUCCUGUCCCGCAACAGGACUCUCCGCACUCUUUUGGGCAAACGAGGCGAGAGAAUUUAUGCCCCUAGCGGUAACCUUUUCCCUAGAUACUGGUUCAGAUUAAAGCACGCUCCAUACACUUCCAGAAGAGACUUGAUUGUUAAUAUUUUAAGAGUACCCCAGGCAUAGGAAGGGAGUGAUUGGAUUUUAAACUUAUAAAUUAUGUAUUCUCUUGGAACGCCACUGUGCUGCCUUCCUCUCCCCUCCCCCGCAGCUUCAUUCGUGUGCUGUUUUUUAUUUUUGCAUAUAGUCUGGAAGUAGUGUUUAAUUUUUCAUUCACUGGACGCAUAUCUCUUAAAAAAUUAAAGACCUAUUUCAAAAGUC